AUGGAACCUGCUGUAUCAGCAGUAUGUACAAGAUCUGAAGAUAUAAAACCAGAAUUAGAAACUUUAUCAACCAACACAGAAUUAGAAAUUUUAUCAACUACUGAAGAUAUAAAUCCAGAAUUAGAAAAUAAAUCAACUAGUGAAGAUCUAAAACGAGAAUUAGAAACUUUAUCAACUAGCGAAGAUAUAAUACCAGAAUUAGAAACUUUAUCAACCAACAAAGAUUUAAAACCAGAUUUAUGGACAAAAUUUUUAGAUUCUGAGGACAAACAACAAAAUGGACUUGAAGAAAAGCUAAAACUCCCUGAAGAUGAAACAUAUCUGUCUAAUAAACAAGCUCAAGUAGGGGAGAGGCCACUUGAAUGUGAUGCUUGCCAUAAAAGGUUUUCAGAUAGUUCUAGGUUAAAUGAACAUAAAAAAGUUCAUUCAGGAGAUAAGCCAUAUGAAUGUGAUGUUUGUCAUAAAAAGUUUUCUAAGAGUUGUUAUUUAUAUAGACACAAAACAGUUCAUUCAGGAGAUAAACCAUUUGAAUGUGAUGUUUGUCAUAAAAGGUUUUCGUAUAGUUCUAGGUUAAAUGAACAUAAAAAAGUUCAUUCAGGAGAUAAGCCAUAUGAAUGUGAUGUUUGUCAUAAAAAGUUUUCUAAGAGUUCUAAUUUAUAUAGACACAAAACAGUUCAUUCAGGAGAUAAACCAUUUGAAUGUGAUGUUUGUCACAAAAGGUUUUCAUAUAGUUCUAUUUUAUAUGAACACAAAAGCGUUCAUUCAGAAGAUAAACCAUAUGAAUGUGAUGUUUGUCAUAAAAAGUUUUCACAUAGUGCUAAUUUAUAUGCACACAAACAAGUUCAUUCAGAAGAUAAACAAUUUGAAUGUGAUGUUUGUCAUAAAAAGUUUUCUCAGAGUUCUAGUUUAUAUAGACACAAAAGAGUUCAUUCAGGAGAUAAACCAUUUGAAUGUGAUGUUUGUCAUAAAAAGUUUUCUCAGAGUUCUAGUUUAUAUAGACACAAAAGAGUUCAUUCAGAAGAUAAACCAUUUGAAUGUGAUGUUUGUCAUAAAAAGUUUUCAUAUAGUUGUAAUUUAUAUACACACAAAAGAGUUCAUUCAGGAGAUAAACCAUUUGAAUGUGAUGUUUGUCAUAAAAAGUUUUCUCAUAGUUCUAAUUUAAGGACACAUAGAAAAGUUCAUACUGGAGAUAAACCAUUUGAAUGUGAUGUUUGUCAUAAAAAGUUUUCUCAUAGUUCUAAUUUAAGGACACAUAGAAAAGUUCAUACUGGAGAUAAACCAUUUGAAUGUGAUGUUUGUCAUAAAAAGUUUUCAUAUAGUGAUAAUUUAUAUGAACACAAACAAGUUCAUUCAGAAGAUAAACCAUUUGAAUGUGAUGUUUGUCAUAAAAAGUUUUCAUAUAAUGUUAAUUUAUAUGAACACAAACAAGUUCAUUCAGAAGAUAAACCAUUUGAAUGUGAUGUUUGUCAUAAAAAGUUUUCUCAGAGUUCUAGUUUAAAUACACACAAAAAAGUUCAUUCAGAAGAUAAACCAUUUGAAUGUGAUGUUUGUCAUAAAAAGUUUUCUUGGAGUACUAGUUUAUAUAAACACAAAAGAGUUCAUUUAGAAGAUAAACUAUUUGAAUGUGAUGUUUGUCAUAAAAAGUUUUCAUAUAGUGCUAAUUUAUAUGAACACAAACAAGUUCAUUCAGAAGAUAAACCAUUUGAAUGUGAUGUUUGUCAUAAAAAGUUUUCUCAGAGUUCUAGUUUAUAUACACACAAAAGAGUUCAUUCAGAAGAUAAACCAUUUGAAUGUGAUGUUUGUCAUAAAAAGUUUUCUCAGAGUUCUAGUUUAAAUACACACAAAAAAGUUCAUUCAGAAGAUAAACCAUUUGAAUGUGAUGUUUGUCAUAAAAAGUUUUCAUAUAGUUCUAAUUUAUAUACACACAAAAGAGUUCAUUCAGGAGAUAAACCAUUUGAAUGUGAUGUUUGUCAUAAAAAGUUUUCUCAGAGUUCUAGUUUAAAUACACACACAAAAGUUCAUUUAGAAGAUAAACCAUUUGAAUGUGAUGUUUGUCAUAAAAAGUUUUCUCAGAGUUCUAGUUUAAAUACACACAAAAAAGGUUAUUUAGAAGAUAAACCAUUUGAAUGUGAUGUUUGUCAUAAAAAGUUUUCUCUGAGUUCUAAUUUAAGGAAACAUAGAAAAGUUCAUACUGGAGAUAAGCCAGAUGAAUGUGAUGAUUGCCAUAAAUAUGUUUCUAAAAUAAAGCGGCUCCCGACAUAUUGGCUCCCGAUAUAAGUGCUCAAGACAAAAUAAAUGC